CAAACGCUAUGGUUAUAUGAAUCUCAGUCCUCACGCACUUGCUUCUUGGUGAAGGUGGUAGUUCCUAAACUACAUGUGCGUCAAACAGGAUAGAAAGAUAGAUAGAUAGACAGUUCGUCACCUGCAAGAAAAGGUGGGACGUCGCACCAUAUGAUGUCCUCAGCCCCACAUUGUGACGCAUGUCCUCCAAUCAUAUGAUCGGGUGACAAUUCGAGUUGAUCCAUAUAUAUAUAAGCACGGUCCGUAAGAACUGGAUAAGAUCUGCACCGUCAAGUAUAGUUAAAGGUUUGUAUUCUCAAAUUAUCUGGAUAAACAUAGCACCGUGCAAUGGUUGUCUCCAGUGUCAAAACAUCAGGUGAAGGUCUGAUUUCCUUUGUCGUUUUACAUUCCAUUUCAUUUGGUUCCCGAACCAAACGCACGACUUUCUUCGUCUUACUACAUCAGUCCACGACGGGAGUAGAGUAACCAAACUGCUGACCAGGAGUUUGUGACAAUAACAAAAGUAGGAGUACAAGACUGUUGGUAUCAGGCUGUCUACAUCCCCACAAUUCCCAAUUCUAAACAAAUGUAUUGGCCACCAACUGCACAGAUCGAGCACGGCAACCAGACUGGUGUAUCGAUCGGGAUUUAUGAUCUGUCUAAUGAAUUGAUUGUUAGAAUUCUCUUGGACAUUUGCACCGAUAUUUAAGUUUUUGCAUAUGAAUGUUCACUCUGUAGAGUAAACUUCGAGCUCUUAAUAGUACUAGCUUCACUGGUUAGUUGGAAAUCCAAAUACAACCAGAGCAACCAAUUCCACAACACAAGGAGGAGCUGGAAAAUGACAGACCGCACAAUAAUUAGAGUGCUACGCAGUUGGUCUAGGUUUACAUUUACAGCAAAAAUAUAACUACAUCCCAACAAAUUAACCGUCGAAAUGUCAGAUUCUAAACCAGUACUGAAGUAGUCUCUAGUGACCUAGUCUGCAUUUUUUUUUGUAUAAUCCUAGUAGUCUAUUUACAACCGUAUCAAGUAAGAUGGUCAAAGUUGUGAAUCAGCCAACUAACCUCAGAGCCUAAAGAAGAAUUAAUUCGAUCAUGCGUUCAUGAAAAUGACACCGCUGAACACAACGGCCCGCACAAAGGUCAAUUUAAUGGUAUAGAUGGCGUGAGAUGGCAACGUUUCCUAUUGUUUGAUAACAACGUACCGCUGUUUGAAAAAGAAUUGUGUUUCUCGACUAUCAGAAUUUGCAGAUUAUGACAGGUAGGUCAUCGAUCAUAUAUUGAUCAUUUACAGACUAUGACCGCUAAGUCAUCAUAUAUUGAUUGACAAUAUCAGUGCCACGAGUCCAAGAACGGUCCAUGCAUGGUUAUCUCACCGGUGAUAACACAAUUGCUUCAACGCUUAAAUCAUUGAAAUAACACAAUGAUAGAUAACUACACAUGACACAAUCCAGCAUACAACAAUGAAUUGACGAAUAGGUACUGGGGUAUAUGUACCCCAUAUACCCAUGUACGAAAGGAAAUGGCUUUUUUUAAGAAAUGAGCUGCGGUAUUUGUUUAACCAGAUUUGUAAGAUAUAUAUUUAUUUCUACGAGGAUACGUGUUGAUAAUGCCGCUCUCUGAAAACAAUAUUCAGCUUUGUAAUGUAUUGCUCAUGACAAAAAUCAUAUGCUUGCGCAAUUUUUGAGCACAUUGCCGCUUAGGCCCCGUUCGGAUGUCCUCCAGCUUCCAGCUUCGCGAGAAGCCAGCGAGAAGCUAGCCGAACGGUGCAGCUCCCAGAAUCCUGCUCCUGGAGAACGAGCGGCCUGCAGUGCAAAAACGAGAAGCUGGUCGAACCCAACUCCCAAAAUCAAAGGAGGAGAAGUUCGACAUAAUUACCCGAUAUAUGCGACCUCCAAGUGACCCUGAGGCAGUGCUUCCUGGGCUGCCAGCCCAUGCAAACGGGAGCUGGAGCAGCCGCUGCUGCCGAAUGCAGCGCUGGCUCCCGCGAGAAGCCAGAUCGCCCAGCUCCAUGAGAAGCUGACUCGUUUCGGAAGCUGGAGAGCUUCGGAACGGGCCCUAAUGUUCCUUUUCGGCGGAAUUUGAUCAAACUCCGCCUUGCGUCAUGGCACACCCUUUUGGGGAGACUAGCGCGGUCCAGUUGACACAAAGCCAGGAUGAAUCCCGGUGGAACCUUUACUCGGAGAUUUCAAUAUACUACUAUUUCGGUAGAUUCUACGUACAUUCUAUGUACUACUAUUUCAGUAGAUUCUGCGAACUUCGAGAUUUCAAUGGGCAACAGUAAAAAAAUAAAAGUCAAAGGUAACAAUAAUUUUUUUAAAUAUGUGGUACCUUUGUCGAGGUGUGAUCGUAAAGAAGGACAAUCUCGCACGCCAAACUAUUCUUAGGUGACUAGGGUUUCUUUUCCUUCCAUCGGCGCCGUCGCCGGUCCACCUCGCCUCCCAUGUCCUUGGGCCGUGGUGGAGCGGAGGACCUCGGCCCCUCGCCUGCGAGAGGGAUCCCGCUCUCAUUCUUGUUCGUUUCAGUGUCUCGGUUGAGGCUGUGUGGUGGCAGCGCUGUCCCCUAGUAGGAAUAAUAUCUCCCACACCCAAUCCCUGUCCCGAUGGUGCGUCUAACGUCAUCGGAGGGCAUGUGGUGGCGUGUCUCCGUCAGAUCUCGCGGGAUUCAAUCGGUGCUAGUCUUUGGUGAUCUGCUUGGAUCUUGUUAUCAUUAUUUAAACGAAUUCUCAAUUCAUAAACAAAUUGUACUUUUGAAUUGUGCCAAAACUCAAAAAUGAGCAAAGGCCAUGUCAAUUUUUUAUUUGAAUCUGAAUUCAACGAUAGUAUCGGUGAUGUGGCAGAUAUGCACGAAGUUUCUUUUAAAAUUAGCCCAAAGUUUGUAUGCACGAAUGCAACGCACAUUCGAAAAAAAUUUAUUCCCGCUCUCGUCUAAACUAUGGGUCAUGACAGCCUCCACCCCUUAAAGAAAUUCCAUCCAUGGAAUUGUUGAUGGCCUUUCCUUCCUGAAGACAUCGUUGUGGUGCUCCUCUACGUGUCUGGGUUCCGGGUGAGAACCUUUGUUCAUUGUGGACUUGACAGUGCCGAUGUUUAGCACCGUUCUCCUUCCUGAGGCGUUAUCAUGAAGCUUAGGUGUUAUAGAGCGUAGUAUGGUGUUGUAAUCAAUUUCACAUGUGCUUUCCCUGGACGGCAUAGUCGCGUGCAUCUUACAUGGUCCGCUUGUCCUCGGAGGGUUAUCAUAUAUAUGACCCUGUAUCAUUCGAUCGUGUACUUCAUUCGGUUGUUGAUUUAUAUUUAAAAAGGGGCAAAAGCCUGUUUCAAAAACUAAGAUAAAAAAUGGUACUAGUAGCUGAUCGAGGACCGCUGAUCAGUUGAAUUUGACGUAUUGUAUCCAGGUAUUUUGUCUCGUUCAUGCUGAUAUUGUUAACGAAUCGAUCGACUGGGUCUACGUGGGUAUCUCCGCAGCCGCGUCUUCGGAGAAGACUGCAACAUGGCCAAUCGACAAUAAUUGGGUUGGUCGCGUCGUCCUGGAAUUCAGAUCUCGUCACAAGUCAUUGUUUAAUGUCUCUCCAUUACUGGGUAGCCUGCCCAUCGGAAAAUUCAAGGAGCGCAUGUGAUUGUGAUCAGGACGCGCUUACAUCUACUUGCCCAUUAGGGCACUUGUAUUAGUCUACUCACUGCGAGCUCAACUGCCGCUGCAACGAAUCUUCUUACGACUAGCUUCGUUGGGAUCGCUCCUGAUACUGAUGACUCUGGUCUCUGCUUGCACACCCGCACCCACUGCGUGCGUGUAUAUAAGGCAGCAUUGCAUCUACUAAAGAUCGAUCAGUUGCUACCCCAACCAUUCUAGCCUUGCCUCGAACACCAACAUUUCCCCAUUAAGUUCCCGGCCGUUUCUCCUUCACAGCAGCAGCAAGCAAUGAAGCAAAAGAUUGUCAUCCAGUUGAGCAUGUCGUGCGACAAGCGCCGGUCCAAAGCAUUGACCCUGGCUGCCAGAGCUGCCGGGGUGACGUCGAUGGGGAUUACCGGCGACGCCAGGGACCAGCUGGAGGUGGUCGGCGACGGCGUCGACCCGGUGUGCCUCGUCAGCUGCCUCCGCAAGAAGCUCGGCCACGCCCAAAUCAUCAAGGUGGAGGAAGUGAAGAAGCCGGAGGAGAAGAAGAAGGAUGAGCCGAAGCCAGAGCCCGUGCACCCGCCGCCCUACUUCUUCUACCCGCCCAGCUGCUCCUACUACCCCCACCAGUACCCGCUCUACUUCUGACCAUGUAACUGCCGGACCAUGCAUGUAGCUGCGAGAGAGCGAUUUUUACGUGCUUUAAUUUUGAUUUUUGUCAGCAACUACAAAUAGCUACAUGCGCGCGUGUAUAUUAAUUCAUUGAAGGAAACUCUAUCUAUUUACGAUCUCGCUUGGCUAAAUUCCAGUUUGAAACCAAAGUAAACGCCAUGGUUAUCUAAAUCUCAGUUCUCAGGCCGGCCGGUGCUUACUUCUUGGUGAAGGUGAGGUUCGUAAACUACAUGUUGGUUUGGGGCUAGGGCAUGUGCCGAUGAGGCCGAGGAGCCUAAGAAAACAACACCAUAGAUAAAUAGUAGCGAACCAACAUGCGGAGCGCAUUUUCAGUGCACGGCGUCAACGGUGCACUUUAUCUGCCGCGUUCGUUGCGUGCAUCGAGAUGUAACUAAAGUCUGUCAGCCUGUUAUAUAGCUACUGCAACUGACAAUAUAGUAUUCGUCCUACCGAGCAUAAUACCCGUGCCUUGGUCCAGUAUAACAUGCGCAGCUAUAUGUGUGCCGCCGUGCUUCUUAACCUAUCCUAGGUUUGGAACUGGUUCGGGCUGAGAGUGGUAUCUGUUCUUCGCACACAUUGUGCCGGAGCUUAAAUGCUGAUAUCGCACUGGAGACUGGACUCUGAUAGACCCCACUAGUUUCGGGUGAGCAGUGGCACCGGUUCUCUAUCUUUAGUGUGUGUGGUGGUGGUCAUCGUCACAACACAAAUAACACGCGAGGAGCGCCGAUCUGACAUUCGACAAAUUUCAGAUGUUAAUGGAGUUUGUCGCCAUGGAAGGAAAUCUGAAGUACAUAUUGAAAUUUGCAGUUGCUUAGUUUAUAGUCCCAAACGUACUAUCGAUUGUCAAUGAUAUGGCUUUUGUAGAUCUCCUUCAAGCUUGAUCCCGCACAGAUUCACAUCGUGCGAUCGUGAUCUGGAUGUGCUCGCCACCCCAACAAAGUGCGCGUCCGGAUCAUCACGAGCAUGCUCAGUUGCUGGAGUUGUUCUAGUCCGUGAAGAAAUUUGCUGAUUGAUGGUGGAGAGGGUGAACUAGAUGUCAUGCGGGUAGCAAUAUCCAGGCUGCAGCGGCAACAUAAGAUGAUGCUGUUCGCACUGCUAGCGUUUAUAGUGAUCAGCGCUAGCGUCCUCAUCCAUCUUGGAGACUGAAAGCUGAUCUGGUGAAUUUGUUAGAAUAUGUCUAGCCUGAAUGCAAUCGAACACGGUUGUUAUCAUGGGACUUGCUUGCUGUAGUGUAUGCUUGGAUUAUAUUUCUCAAGCAUUGUAUCCGUUUGAACAAAGCGUACCAAUAUGUAUGUGUAUGGCCCGUGGGGCUUGCUGGCUGUAAUGUCUGGUUGAGUUAUAUUUUUUAAGCAUUGUAUGCGUUUGAACAAAAAUCGAAUAUUGCACCGAGUUCACAGCUGGAAGAAAAUGCAAGAAAUCUUGAAUGUUGUCAGGGACGGGCGUGACCAAAAAUAAUUCUGAAAAAUAUAUCAAAGCCGACUAGGGUACAUUCCUCUCCUGAAUACUGACAUUCUGAACUCCGAAAAAAUGACCACAGAGUGUUUAUAGAUGAUUUGAUAUGCUGCAUUGCUGUGUUAUGUGCAUCGGAUCGGUUCCGUUCAAGCUUCAGAAUUUUGUGCAGGGUGGCGAUGCGUGCCAAUGCUAUGUGUUUCCUAUUGGAAUGUAUAAUGAACGUGAAUACUCUGUGGUAUGGACAUGUUCCAGUACAAAAUUCAUCUACAUACC